AUGCAAAAAUACACUGAGAGGAGCGAUGGAGGAGGAGAGGCGUGUGGAUGGAGAGCGUACGUGCCUGAGAGUAGAGGCUUCCACACUCCAACGUGGGGCUGCAUCCCUCUGCAGAGGAACAGGCCCCGCCCCCUCAAACAGCCCCUGUGCAGCUGCGGUGAUACACUGGAGGGGAGAGCGAUGAUAGAUCCAUGGGAGGUGAGGGAGGAGGGAUUCUCAGCAGCUCGGACACACAACAGAGUCAAAAUUUCUUUCAUCGAGGACCUCGAGUUAGCUGAGGAAGAGAUGGGAGCAGGAGCCAGCGCAGAGGAUAAAAAAUCCAAGGAGUUGGAAAAGCAACUCCAGGAGGAUGCAGACAAGGACUCAAAAACCGUCAAGCUCUUACUGCUUGGCGCUGGCGAAUCAGGGAAGAGCACAAUCGUCAAACAGAUGAAGAUUUUGCAUCAGGGAGGUUACACAAAAGAGGAGCAGUUGGAGUUCAGAGCUGUCAUCUAUGGAAACAUCCUGCAGUCUGCCCUGGCCAUCAUCAGAGGCAUGGAAAUGCUCGACAUCGGCUUUGGCUCCUCCUCUGGACAGGAGGACGCCCAGAAGCUGCAGAACUUGUCUGACUCCAUUGAAGAAGGAACAAUGCCCGCUGAGUUGGCUGAUGUCAUCCAGAAACUGUGGGCCGACUCUGGGGUGCAGAGUGGCUUCGAAAGAGCUGCUGAGUACCAACUGAACGACUCCGCUGGAUACUAUCUCAACGAAUUGGACCGAAUCCGCAAACCAGACUACAUGCCCACUGAACAAGAUGUGCUGCGAUCUCGAGUCAAAACCACUGGUAUCAUUGAAGAACAGUUUUCCUGCAAAGAGUUGCACUUCAGGAUGUUCGAUGUCGGUGGUCAGCGAUCAGAGAGGAAGAAGUGGAUCCAUUGUUUCGAGGGUGUCACUUGCAUCAUCUUCUGUGGAGCUCUCAGUGCAUAUGACAUGGUGCUGGUAGAGGAUGACGAAGUGAACCGCAUGCACGAGUCUCUCCAUCUAUUCAACAGUAUUUGCAACCACAGAUUCUUUGCACUGACUUCCAUCGUGCUUUUCCUCAACAAGAAGGAUCUGUUCGAGGAGAAGAUCAAGAAGGUUCACCUGAGCAUCUGCUUCCCAGACUACGAUGGACCCAACACGUACGAAGACGCCAGCAACUACAUUAAGGCACAGUUUGAGGAAUUGAACAUGAAGAAAGGCGUGAAAGAAAUCUACUCCCACUUGACCUGUGCCACUGACACCAAGAACCCCACAGACACACCAGAAGUUUCUAACCGUCCUUAG